AUGAAGCUGUUUGGCAGCUCCCUCUUCGACUCGGACAAGACGUACCGGCCGAAGAAGAAGCACAAGGAGGGAACGGAGCGGUACCGCCUGCACAACUUCGCACGCUCGCUCGUCAAGUCCGGCGACCUGCGGCAGGCGGUGCAGCUGCCCCCUGGCGUCGAAGCCAACAACUGGCUUUCGGUGCACACCGUCGAUUUCUACAACAUCACAAACGUCAUCUACGGCUCGCUGACGGACUACUGCAGCGACAUGAGCUGCCCCGUCAUGUCCUCCGGGCCGCGGUACGAGUACCUGUGGCGCAACCCUCCCGAGUACCCCAAGGCGACACGGGUGUCGGCACCACAGUACCUCGACCUGCUCAUGAAGUGGAUCGAGCGGCAGAUCAACGACGAGCGCAUUUUCCCGUCGGAGGACUACAACCCGUACCCGGCCGACUUCAAGAGUUACGUGAAGAACAUAUUCCGCCGCAUGUUCCGCGUCUACGCGCACAUCUAUUACUCGCACUUCACGAAGAUCGCGGAGCUUCAGGAGGAGGCGCACAUGAACACCGCCUUCAAGCACUUCAUGUACUUCGCGUGGGAGUUCGACCUCAUUCCACGUGAGGAGCUGACGCCGCUGCAGGAGUUGCUGAAGAACCUCAUGGGCGACUACGCGAAGGAGAGGCUAGAGUGA